CACACAAUGAGGCUACACUUACCGCUACUCUUCGCAGCGCUCGCGGCGGCCUCCCCCAUCCCAGCACCGCAGCAGGCGCCUGCCACGACGCAGAACUGGAACGCGACGGCCUCUCUCCGGCCAACGACCUCCGGCGUCAACAGCUCUCAGCCGCCGUCCAGCAGCGAGAUGUCCGCGUUGAUACAUUCCAUCACCACUGAACCUCGUAACUCCAUUGGCACCCUUACCCAGAUAGUGACGAGGACCUCGGCCUCCAGCACAUGGCUUGAGACGAAGAAACACGUGUUCACAAUCCGGUACGGCACUUCCAGGCCGACCUACACCUCUAGCACUGGCCGGCCGCGGUCGGAAGUGAGCCCCGCCGUCAUCUUCGGCAUCGUCGGCAGCGCCAUCUUGUUCAUCAUCGCGCUUGCUGCUUGUUUUUUCCGCAGCCAUCGCAAGUCGCGCGAAGAAGCCAAGCUUUUCCGUGCGCAGGGGCGUCGCAUCUCAGGCGUGCCGCUCAUGGCCUCGUCUACAAACGCGAGCACGGCCACGGGCGCGGGAGCGUGGCCGCGCGGGCGCGAUACGGUGCGAGACGACGAUGUCGACCCCGAACUACCCGUGUACUCGCGCGAAGUGGAGGCUGGCGCGACUGAGAUCCGCGUGCCGUCUCUGCCGGAGAGCGCCGAGGGGCAUAGCACACCGCCAGCGUAUGUGUCGCCAUCUACGGAAACGGGGACUGCAGCGGGGUUACCGGCGUACACGUCCCCGACAGUGGCCGCAGGCCCCGGCCUUGCCGGGACACAAGGCCUGCCGAAUGCGGAGCAGGAGGGCAGAACUAGGACGACAGAGUUACCGGCAUACUCGUCGCCGACGGCGGCGGCGGGGCCUGGCAUCGCUGGGCGCCGGAGAGAGGGGGAAGCAGGGCAGGAGAGCAGCACAUAGAUGGCGUCACUCGGUUUGAGUUGGAAGUUGUCUAUAGUUUUACGCAGAAGUUACGCAGCGAUAUUCACAUUUGCAUGCCUU